AUGGUCAAGGCUAACCCCGUCAAGGGUCCGUGGUCUCCGGAGGAGGACUCCCUGCUCAAGGUCCUCGUGGACGAGUACGGCAGGAAGAAGUGGAGCUUGAUCGCGACGCAGUUCCCGGGAAGGUCUGGCAAGCAGUGCCGUGAGCGGUGGCUGAACCACCUCGACACCCGCGUAAAGAAGAGCGCCUGGACGGGAGCGGAGGACGUGAAGCUGUGCGAGGCCCAGGGGAGGCUGGGCAACAAGUGGUCGGAGAUCUCCAAGCUGCUCCCUGGACGGGCGGAGAACGCCGUCAAGAACAGGUUUAACUCCAUCAUCACCAAGCGCCUAGCGUCACAGGGUAUCUCUGUCAAGGGCAGCGGCCUCAUGAAGGCCAACAUGGCCAAGGACCUAGCGGCGAACGGCACCCUCUCCCACAGCAUGAACAUCCUCAAGAGCGCCGACAAGGAAAAAUUGCUUCAGCAGCAGCAACGGCGGCAGCAGGGGAGUGGAAAGGAGAGCGCCAAGCGACUGGAACUACGUGGCGUUCGUGUUGAGAUCGGCAAGAAGAGAGCUCCCGCCGGCUUCGAUCACAACGCCUCCGAAUCGGACUGCAACUCCUCCUCCUCCGAUGGCAACGAGGACGAGGACGAAGAUGAAGACGACGACGAUGACGGAGACAUGGAGGUCUACCCCAACCAACAGCAGCCGAUGGCGUUCCCCCUGUCGGCCCCACCUCCGUUCGACGUCGGAGAAGCCGCCGACUUCACCCACAAUGGAAGACAAUCGGCAGGGCCCGCUGCCGCCGCCGCUGCCGCCGCUCGCGGUAUCUGCAGACCCAUCGUCGCCAACAGCGGCGGGACCAAUAACAGCAAGCACUUCGCCGCUGGCGAUUCUUCGUCCGGUGGCAGCGGGAUCACGCGAGGAGCGAACGACGUGGGCACGACCGCCGCCGCCGCCGCCUUCUCCAACGCCACCGCCGCCGCCGCCGCCGCCGCCGCCGCCAAUGCGAUAGCCUCAGCGAGCGCCGCCGCCACCGCCGCGGGAACCUUCGCCGCCGGCGUGCUCUCCUCCUCUUCCCCGCCCGGCGACGCCACCGACAAUGCAGGGAGGCCGCCGCUGGCGGCGGAAGGCGGCGGAGGGCGGGAGGACCAGCUGAUGCGGUCGAUCUUCGGUCUCCUCGGGGGGAAGCCGGCCCAGAGGGGGGGCUUUGAGCCUGCACGGAGACACUACCUCUACGGCAGGGAUGGUGGUGGCGGCACUGGGGCUUUCGCUGGAUCCAGGAUACCGGCAGCCGGCAACAAAAACAAGUGGCCGUCCGAGGGUUUCCUCAAUCUGGACUCGGUGGCGUUUUCCCGAAACGGCAGCAACAACGCUCCGGCAACCGGGGAAGGGGCCGUCAUGGACGAGGCGAGCGCGGCGGCAGCGGCCAUGUCUUCCUCGUCGUCUUCCUCGGUUCCACAAGGGCGGGUGCUCGAAGNGGGGGGCGGGGGUCGGGGGCGGGGGGACCGCGAUUCUGCCGCAAUAAGCAUGGCCAAGAAGUGCAUCGAAGAGGAGAGGGAGGCCUUUUCCCAGUUGUACAGCUCGCUUCCCGCGUUGGCGGCGGGUCAAGAUGGCGGUCUGGCCAUGUCCAAGGCCGGAGCCGCGGUGCCGACGAGGAAGGCGGCGAUGGAGAUUGGGGCCGGCGGCGGGGUCGAUGUUCGGGAGGGGCAGGCGUCGGCGAUCACCGAGAUCUGGAGCAAGGUGGAGAUCAAGGAAGGGGAAGCCCCCUCCCAAUCUCCCGCUCUCCCAGGAGUAGCCCCCAUGAUGAGGCAAGGCGUCGGCACGCGGUCCCUCGCCGCGGCCGUCGCCGGCGGCGCGGGGGGCGGCGGCCCCUACGUUUCCCUCAACCGGCACCAGUACCACCGCCAGAACCCUCCUCGCAGCGCCGUAGGCGGCAACAUGAACAACAGCAGCAGCAGCCAGGCCGGGGGCGGAGAGGGGGCGGCGGUUUCGGCGGCGGCUUUCGCCGCGGCGUCUUCGAUCGGCGGCUCGCGGAACUCGUGGAGCCAACAGCUGGACCAGCUGCGGACGGACGACGUCAUCCCGACGCCGCUCGAGAUCCACUCACCCGACGGGGGUGGCGACAUCUUGUCGCUCUCGUGCCUGGGGUCGUACCUGGCGGACGUGAAACUCCCGUCAAAUCUGGAUGGAGCCGGCGGCGACGGAACGGGGCAGCAGGACACGUUUUCGGCCACGGCCGCCGGGGAAAAGCGUAGCGGCGGCGGGAGCGGCGGCGGAAGUGGCGACGGUGGCGGCAGCGUUGGCGGUGGUGGGGACGCUGGUGCUGCCGGGGAGAGCAGCAGCGAGGGGACAGCGGGGAUGAAGGGCAGCAGUGGCGGCGGCGGCGGCGACCGCGGGGGACAGCCAGAUCCCAGCAAAGGCACAUCCACAUCGUCUGGCGAAUGGAGCCGGCGCAAUCGACCCCCAAACACUGCCCCCACUCCCGCCGCCGCCGCUGCCGCCGCCGCAACCACCGGCGACAACGGUGGCGACGUCAAGCGUCACGCGCCCGACAGCAAUCAGCGUCUGGGUCGACUGAACAUCGUUACCGGGGGCGGCGGCGGCGACCGCGGUGGCGGCGGCAGCGACGACGACGAUGGGGGAGGAAACGGGGGCGGGGCGGCUCUGUUGGACGCACAUGCGGCGGCCCUGCAGCACGACAUGCAGGCCCUGAGCAUCGACGACGAGACCUCUCCCGGGUGGAGCCAGCUGAGAACAGACGUUGCCGGGGUACCGGGACCGGCCUUCGACGGGGACGCUUUGCCCAUGAGCCUCACGUCUGCCUCCGACAACGUGCUCGGGGGAGCUCAAGGUUUCCCGGUACCGGCAGCGUUCAAGUCGCGAUCUUCUCGGCUAUCCUACACCCCCGCGACUGCAGCACAUUACGCCGCGCACGGGCAACCCCCGAACAAUUCAUGCGGCUUCUCCGCCAAUCUUCCUCCCACUCCGGGUUUCGCGGCCAGCCCUCGCACACCGAUGCAGCAGCAGCACCCGUAUCCGAUGUUCGCAGCGGCGGUAGGCCCUUCUCCGUCUUGCGGUGCCGGUCUGUCCGGGACCGGCUCCAGAGGAAUGUCGCCGUCCCCGUUGGCCCCGCCCGCCCCUGCUGGGGCCAUUUUCGGGCCAGCCAGCGGCGGGGCUGCCCCGCAGCAGCACAAUUCCAACAGCAGCAACAGGGCCAACCGUUCUGCCAGCAGCAGUGGGAAAGACAUCCAGCAGCGUUUCCUCGGAAUGCCGCAAGCUGGACCACCGGCCCCAGCGGGGACGCCGGGUGCAGCCCAGUCUUUGCACAGCGACAACAAUAACGGGGACGGCCACGACCAUGGGCACCGAGGACCAGCUCCUUACGGCGGGGCCGUGCUGCAACAACAAGAGCAGCAACAGCCGCAAUACCUCCAUGAAGCAGACCAAAGCCAAGGCCAGCCGAUCUUCAACAUCAGCAACAUCAACGCCCCUGGCGGCGGGCAGCCUUUCCCGAGCGGCCCGCCGUCGUUCCCCCCGCCCACGUCUUCUUCUCUGCCGGGGACAUCCGCAAGCGCCGCCGCCGCUGCCGCUGGCGCCGUCGCCAUGAACGUCAACGCUGUCGACAUCGCCGCCGCCGACGCUAGUCCUGAAUGGAGCCGCAUCCGUACCCGGGGCGAGCCCAACGCCGGCGGCCGCGGUGUCGGCCGCUCGGAAGGCGGUAGCGACGAAAACAGGAUCGGCAUCGCCACGGCAGAAUCCGCCGCCAAGACGGCAACCACCGUGGGGGCACCGCCGACAUCAUCCUCUUCGUCCUUUUUUUUCGCUGGUGAAGCGGAUAAGGCGGUGGAUCCGCAGGAAACCGGAAAUGACGCCUAUGGGACGGGCGGAAGGCCGGCCGGGACCGCCCCCAAAUACACCGUGGACGAAAAAAGCUCAAAGUAAAGGUCGAGGUCGGAAGCAAAGAGGUGGAUGAAAUCAGAGAAAACGGUCGGUUGGGUCUGACGCAAGCUGGCCGUUAGGAGCGUGUCGUCCUCCACCCACCUUUGUUUUUGGCUCGACCUUGGGCUUGAGCUUCACCGCUCGAUGUGGCUUUGGUAGUUCGCUCUCAUGAGGUUGGAUCUGAUCGAGUAACUUCGAAGUCCACUUGACCACCGGGUCGUUGGCGGAUGAUGUAUUGUAGGUACCGAUCAGAUCGGAAUGUGUUUUCAAACAUUUAGGAAUUUUUUACUUUCACUUGACAACCGGGUCGGCGGAUACUGAAGGUACCCAUGGCGUCGGAAUGUAUUUUCAAACAUUUAGUGAGUUUUUAGUCAAAGCACUGUUGGAGGGCGUGUCUCUGUGCACACUGGCUUGGCCUUGAAUUUAGGCCUAUGCUACUCGACUCCGCUCUACAGCGGCAUUGUCAGUAUUGAUAAUGUUUUGUUGUUUUUGUUAGAAGCACCUCAAAUCACGGCUCUUUGGGUCAGCACCACGGUGAUCGUCCUUGUAACCACCGCAAGAUAAGGUCUUUGAAGCUCAACGAUAAAUAUUGCUAUACAAGUUUAUAUUUUGCAAACAUCGUGAGUUUGCCGAUCUUUCGACAGUUCUCGCAUUUGGUACUAACGGGGGACAUUCCCCUCCGCAAGGAGUACGUAUUCCACCCAUGUAGCAGUUGUGAUAAUCUGGGUAGGCAAGUGCACGUGUGUGAGUGCGAGCUCGAAUCCGACUACCUGUCUCAAACACAAAGCUGCCUUUACGUCGACCAUGUUUGUUUGCUGCAGUCUUGCUAUUGGUUUUAUGAGUAUUGGACACAAACACUGUUCAUUAAAUGGACGUUCAGGGCCUGUGGCCUGGUUGGUGCUUAGCUGCUAGAGGGUGAUGCGAGGGUGAGGGGGGAAGGAGAGGGAGCCACUGCGUGAGGAGUGUCUAAGAUCAAACCAUUUGCUCUCAUUGUUGACCCCAAGCCUGGAUAAGCACAUUCCACAAUUUUUAUGGGUAUUUCCGGAUGUUGAUGUGCCUAUUCAUGCACCGCGAAUGAUGUUGGGGACGAGCGCAGCAAACGCAUCCCGGCGGGGCGGGGGGGGUAGGUUUGGGUUUCGACACUGCUGUAGCAUCGAGAAUCCGAGAUGUGUGCGAAUCGAAGGGCCCACUGAAACGAAGUUUUGUCAUACACAAUUGCCUGUUCGUCUCUGCAGCAGCACCCUUUCCUCUACCACCGCCCCACGAUACAAAUGGUGGCAGGACCACACUGUACUUUUCGUCGUUAGUUGUGGUUUCGUUCUUACUUGUGUUCUUGGUGUGCGAGUCUGCUGCUGUGUUUGUUUGGUUUUCUAUGUGUUCUUUUCUGUUCUGGGUUCCGGUUGGCUAGAAGAGCUGGUUGGCGGGGUACGUUUCCCCCCGUUCGUCGAAUGAGUCGCUGUGGCAUCGGUGGACACGAGUCGCCCAGGCAUGACCAAGCCUCCCUAGAACGCCGAGUCCUGAGUCAUCCACGUACGUGAGCGAAGGUAGGGUGCGAGUCUUGUUUGAUCCGUAUGGCAGGUGGGGGAGGUGGUAUUCGUUUGGAGCAGAACGUAACGAGCGUGUUUUUUGUUUUUCGUCCGGGUGGUGUGUGGUAAGGUAACGUUGUGGUUCCUUCGGUCAAGGUUGCUUGUUGUGCGUUCGUUCGCGUUUGCCUGCAUGCAUACAGGCGAGCAUGCGCCGUUCGGACUGCCAAGUACUUUUUUAUUUGUUUAUUUAUUUAUUUCGUUUUGUUGUGGUGUUGCUUACGUGUGGUUUACUUCGCCAAUACGGUUGGGUGAGCAUCCCCUCGACAUUGACGGAUAGGUUUUGCUGGACGGCGGCACCAGAGGAGCCGAGUUGCGAAAAGGUACCAGUCCGCACGGUCGGGCUACUCAAUCGCACAAAGAACAAUAUUACGUUAGUACCAAUCCCCCUCCACAUGGUUUCAAACUACCAGGAGGGUGCGGUAAAUGUUGUUGGUUGCACAUCCGCACGAAAGGCACGAAAUUGCGAAGUAAAUGAUGCGGGGGGAGCAGAGGUCCAGGGUAGGAAUUGAAUGAACGGACAGGUGGGGUGGCGGGAGGCGCAAGUGAAUGAGCUAUGUAUACGUAUGAAUAUUUCGAGCUACGGGUUUUGGCGUUCCGUGGUCAAAUUGUAUGCUCUCGCUGCUUGUCAAGUUUUUAUUAUUGGUGCAACAGUAGUAGGUGACUGGUCUAUCUCGAUUCAGGUGCAGUCACUAGGGCAUCGAUUGGAAGUGCAUGAAAGUGGCGGACAGACUAGAAUCCAGCCGUGAUCGUUUUACGGGUGGACACGUGGGUUCGGAGGUGAGAGAGUGAAUGAAAUAAGGGGGGGUCUACGGCUGCACUACAAUGACUAUUUGUACGACCUAUUUGUGUGGAACAUGCAAACUCCUUCCAAGAGUCACAGCAUACGUGAAGUUAUGUGAUGGAGGUUCCUUGUCCUUGGUUCACCCUCGAAAUCGAUGUUUUUUGGUCUGGGCUGGGAGGGCAGCGAGC